AUGGAUUCUACCCCUGCACUCCCAGAAGACUGGGCGGACUCAUAUCCGGACAAGCAGCAGUUAAAGUCACUUGGAAUUGCUGCUCUGAUAAUAAUUAUCGUUUUUGCCAUUUGCAUGAUGCUGUCUAAAUUUUGGGUUCAAAGAAAGCCAGUCGAGCCUCCUCCGCCUAUUACCAAGCUCCCAAUCGAUAUUGUCCUCUGUGUCUCAGAUUAUCUUUCCCCGAUGGACAAGCUUUGCUUUUCUUUGAGCUGCAAAUCAGCCUGGAAUGCCUUGAACGGCGUUCAGAACUCUUCCAAGUUUGGGCACCCUAUGAAAUUCAGCACCUCCUCCUUUCCUCAUAGCCGUGAUCACAAUCUGAGAUCUGGAUAUUGGCAAUUACUGCGCCGCUUGGAGGAUUCUCGCUUCAGAUGCUGUGCAGGAUGCCUCAAACUACAUCCAGUUAGCGAGUUCUCAACGCGCGACCUCGCCACAGUCGCAGAUCAACGUACUUGCAUGUUUGGCUCGCUGGUUGGCGUGAUUCCCCUUUGUCCUUGCAUCCAACUCACUUUUCGAACCAAACUCAAACUUACCGCUCAGCUACGAAAGUCAGCUAUCGCAAACAAAACCACUGACGGCUUAGACACAGACGCCGUUUUCCUAUCUGACUGGCAUGAGUGCCGAUACACUCAGGGAUCAACGAAAGUCCAUGCUAGGCACACUCCGAUGUUGAAUCAAGACGGGCGUUUGGUUAUUACCUCUCACUAUACCGUGGAUGCCAGAAGGAAGCUUGCCCUCGUUGACUUCCCAGGAUUCUGCUGCCCUCACCGGACCAUAUCUGCCCUCGUUCUUGCUUCGUUGGAUUCGUCAUCUAAAAACGAUUUCUCCUGCAAGUGGUGUGGGACUAAGAUAGUGAACUGUUCAGGCCCUUCUGGGGAUAAUUUCGUGUUAGAAACUAGUAGAGUGCUGGGGAAGAGUGAGGACGUGGCUGAUCAGGAAUGGCAUCUGCAAACUACGGGUGCGUUUGAGCGAUUUGAUAUCCUUGGCCCGCGGCGCCAAUGGCCGGGUAGAUCGUGGGAUGACAUAGACGACAACUGA